AGAUAAGGUGGCAAAAAGCAGUGUGAGGCUGCCGUCGAAAUCGUCAUUAUAACAGAUCUGAAAGCUGAAUUUAACUUAAAGAAUUCAAACAAAACAAGCCAAAAUGGUGGAGCUUGUUCGAGCACAGUCCGCUGUCGUAUUGAGACCGUCCUAUUCUACUACGAUUUAUCGAACGCGAUCGGUGCCAGAUUUAAACCUGUAUAGCCGUUACACUUCGAAAUGGCCAUAUCGCUACUACAGAGACUGGGAUUUGUUGCAGCAUGAUGAUUAUUGGUAUGAUCGCCACUAUUAUUACAGUCCGUUAUAUCGCAGUACAUUCUUUCCCCGUCGUUACUACUAUAAUAAUUACGUUUUGAACCCAUAUAGUUAUUGGAACUAUCCAUACAGCUACUGGACUCGGUACAGAGGAUACUUAUAUGGUUAUCCGUCGUACUACAGUCGAUACUACUAUUAUUAUGACGAUUAUCCACGUUAUCGUUACGCAUAUUCCUAUCCUUAUCGUUAUGGCUAUUACACACCAUUUGAUCGUUACUGGCUUUCAUCCACUUAUUGGGAUGGACGUUUUAGGGUGAGUAUUACCAAAUAUAUACCAAAUUACCAAAUAUACAAUGUCGAUUAA